UAUGCAAAGAAUUAAACAUAGGCAGUAUGAAGUAUCUCAAAAACUAUUAAAUGGAUUUUCAUGAAACUUUGUAUGCAGCUGCAGGAGGGACACUGCUUGUAAAUGUUAACAAUUCUUUACAAACAAGAAAUGGCAAGCCUAACUUGUUUACAUUAACCCCAGAUUUCAGGCACUUAUACCUGUAUUUUACUUGAGUAUUUCCUUUUUUGCUACUCCAUUAUUUACUAAUUAUAAAAUUAAUAUAUAAAAAAUAGCCCCACCUUUACCAGCUGCAAUAUUAUAGAAAUGUGUAUAUUAAUUUCUACACUGUAAUAAGUACUACCACUACUGUUUGUAGUUGGGUGAAUCGACUCCUCAGCAAGAACUGCUGCCUAGAGCGAUUCAUGAUUGCCCUUUUAUUUAUAUACAAUCUAUGCUUUUAUUUCGAAAGCAUCACUGCUUUGCUUCCGGUUUCAUUGCGCGCAGUUUGACGCAGCUGCGGAAGCGUGCAGAAACUUUGACGUCAAAAGAGAUGGAACGGUUAAUUGGAUACUUUUAAAGUUACCCAUCGCUAGGACCUGUUUGUACCGAAGGUCGGUGUGUGAACAGCCGGAGACAUGACUGACAGUGACCUGUACGUUUCAUUGGCGGUGUUGGGAGCUGCGGUGCUUCUCAGCGAGGCUGUCCGGCGGACAGCAGCGCGUCUUUUCCCCGGAGCCCACCGGGUCUACCUCCUGGAAGCGGCGUCCACCUUCCAGCUCUGUUGCUGCACUCAUGAACUCAAACUGUUGGGUGAAAGGGCCCGGCUGGGGCUGCCGGUCGGCCUGACCCUCACAUACACCAUGACGGUUAUCCACUUAUUAACUUUCCGGGAAGCUACGUGCAACCCCAGCGGGGCUCUGGAGGGCUUUUUCCGCGGGACUAGCAGCACCAGGGCGGCCGUCGUGGUUAUAGCUUGCCAGUUCGGAGCUGCGGUCGCCGCGCAGUUUUUCGCAUCCUCCGUUUGGUCGCUGGGUCUUUCCGACAUCCACAUCAGGCACCAGAGGUUCGGGUUCCGAUGCUUCGACCCCCUCGGUGGGACUCUGCUGGAGGCCGCGGCCGUUGAGCUGGGUUGCGCCUUCAUGGUCCAAGCGGCCGCCAUGCACGUCCACAAACUGGACCAAAAACUUCGAGCUCACUUUGUCGCUGCUGUCAUCACGGCUCUGGUUUACACAGGUGGAAGUAUUUCAGGAGCUGUUUUUAACCCUGUCCUGGCCUUCUCCGUCCAGUUCCCCUGCAGCGGCCACACCUACCUGGAGUACUGCUUUGUCUACUGGCUGGGACCAGCCUUAGGCGUGGUGAGCUGCAUCCUGCUGUUCGAGAAGAUCAUUCCUUUCCUCUCUGGAACGAGUACCAUUGGGCUGGACAUCCCAGCUGUCCAGAAGCGGAAGAAGACACAGUAGCAGCAGUGAUGUCACGUGAGGACUGGCCAAGUUUUGUGUUUUUUUUCUUUUUAUUCUACAAGUCUGGGUAGAUAAUACCAGUAUACAUUUUAAGACAAAAAGUUUUACUACACUUAUUAUUAUUAUUAUUAUUAUUAUUAUUAUUAUUAUUAUUAUUAUUAUAGCACAAUCGGGCCUAUGACUUGUGGGAGGUUACAACAAAGCUGUAAUUGAACAGACAGCAGGCAAACUCAUCAGUGGGUUCAGCUCUUCAUGUGCAAAUUUACACAUAAAAGUGCUUAAAAGUAGGGUUGGGUAUCGUUUGGGUUUUUUCUGAUAAAGGUGCUAAAUUGAUACUUUUAAAACGGUGC